GUGCUUGUAGCUCUAGUUUUGCUCUCCUAAUAAAGUAAAACAGGGGGCGUGUUUUACCCCCAGCAGUCCUCAUUAGUUUAGCUCCUCCAUCCCCAGCAGCACCACAGAGUUGGAAAGAUGGCGGCCGGUUCAGGGGCUGCAAGUGGUCACGGCUCACGCAGCUCCACCGCUGCUCUGGAAGCGUCUUUGGACCGGCGUUUUCAGGGAGUUUCAAACACUAUGGAGUCAAUACAAGGACUUUCAGCUUGGUGCAUUGAAAACAAGAGACAUCACAGCCUUAUCGUCCGCUACUGGAUGAAGUGGCUCAAGAAAUCUGAUAACAAUCACCGCUUGAAUCUUUUCUACCUUGCCAACGAUGUGAUACAAAACUGCAAAAGAAAGAAUGCCAUUGUUUUUCGUUCAGCCUUCUCAGAGGUCCUUCCUAAUGCUGCUCAGCUCAUCAAAGAUGGGAAGGUUCGCAGGUCAGUGGAAAGGAUCUUUUCCAUUUGGGAAGAAAGAAGUGUGUAUCCCGAGGAGGUCAUUGCCCAGUUCAAAGCCAACUUGAAUAAAAAGGAAAAGGAGCGAGAGAAGCAGAAGGAAAAAGAAAAGGAAAAAGAAAAGGACAAGGAAAAGGAAAAGGAAAAAGAGGCUACACCUGCAAAUGCUCCUGCUAAUUCCAAAGCUGCCCUGAAGUCCAAGAUUGUGGCGGAGUUCACGCCCCACUCCCUCAUUGAACAAUUGUUAAAAUAUAGGCAAGCUGUUGCCGAAGAAGAGUUUCAAGAAAAGCAGCUGUCAGCUCUCCGGGUGGAUGUCUGCAGCACGGAGGCCCUCAAGAGACUUAAAGAUAAGGCAGGGGGGAACAAAUUUGCCAAGGACUUUGAGGAUGGCAGCCUGAAGCUGCAGGAGUUUGUCAGCUUCCUGGAGAAAGAGUUGAAAGCAGGACCUCCUCUGCUGGAGGCUCUGGGAAACGCAGAUAUUUUCUACGAGAUGCAGUACAAGGAAGUUAAGAUUGUGGCCAAUGCUUACAACGCAUUUGCCAAUCGUGUGGCCAGUCUUAAAAGGAAAUUGGAUUCCCUCAAGUCCACUCUACCUGGACCUGAGGACUCUCCCAUUCCCUCACCAUCUGAAGAUGCCCCCUCCCCCACUGGCUCUGACUCACCCUUUUUGGCAAUGGUGGCUAGCAGAGCCCAGCUUGAUCCAGAUCUGGAUGGAAAGGCCAUGGAUGAAGGAGAAAUGCAGAGUGACAACAGAGACAUGGAGGACAUGGAUAUGUCUGACGAAGAGACUGAUGCUGCAACUGCAGGGGAUGACAAGAAAGAAAAGCCAGCCGCUGCCAUGUCUAAGGCUGCAAAGUCAGAUGCGCCUUCAAAGCUUCCAAAUCCGCCUGCGAAGGCCUCUAAGAACAAUGCUUCUGCUACUACCACCACAACCACCCCAGUGACUUCCACAUCUGCUACUCCUACAAGUACCCCAGCCACCCCUCUGGGUGUCAAUCUGGCCAAGGUGGACCUGGGAAAGAUUACCUCCAUUCUCAGCUCGCUAACCUCCGCCAUGAAGAAUACAGCAAGCCCAUCACCUCGUCCAUCUCCUGGGACACCCACAACCCCAUCUGGCCAAUCAGCAGCCUCCAAAGGAACCCCUCCAAGCCCUGCCUUGGCCAGUAUCCUGUCACGUGUUGAUAUCACACCUGAAGGGAUACUUAAUGCUCUGUCUAAAACCAACACAACAGGUUUGUCCUCUUUCCUGCAUAGUGUGACUAACACCACCUCUGGUGCUGCUGCUGGUACACGAACCUCCCCAGAAUCAGCACCUUCUAAAGCUCUGCACACCAGCACCCCGACCACCCCAACUACCCCAAAAACGAAAGCUGGUCUGGGGAACAGCCACAAGCGAGAAACACCUGGAAGAAUCAGAGACUGGGGGAGAGAGAGACAACUGUCCCCUCCUCCUCCACCACCUCCCCCCCCUCGCCCCUCAGCUCCUUCUGUCUCUCCCCCCAGCUUAGAAUCCAAAAUCAACAGUUUCCUGCAGGGUAAUCCAGGUUUUAGUCUCGCUCUUGGUGAUGUUAGUCCUGAUGGGGUGGAUGGGACCCCAGUGAGAGACGAGGCAGCCGGCACCCCAACCCAGGAUGAGAUUAUGGACACACCUGCAAGUGUGCCAGAAUCUGUGGGCUCAUCUGGAGGUCAUAACCUCUCACCCACAGCCUACCGCAAUGAACCCUGGGAUGCAGCUAUCACCCCGUCGGGAAGCGGCAAUGAUGGAGACUUCCUGCCCACCUCCCGAUAUGGCGCUGGAAGAAAGAGCGGCACAAAAUUAAAAGACAAUGAAGUGAUGCAUGUGAGGAAGCUGGUCUCCUCUUCUCCUAGUAAUGACAUGAAGGGUAAGAAGGAUGAUCAGCAAAGUCAGCUAAGGAUGAUGGGAAACAACAGAGCAAUGGGAGAGAGGAGGCCCUAUGCCGGCUCUCGUAAGGCAAGCAUUGGUUCAGAUGAAGGAGGUCAGUGUGGAAAAAAAGAAGACAAGUUAAAAGGUCAAAUGUCUCCAAGUGGAGAUGGGAAGGAGGGGCAAUACCAUCGUAUUGAGACACUCGUGUCACCCUGCACCGAAGGGGCACCCAUUCAAACUCUAGGCUACUCUAAUAGACCGCUCACUGGAGAGCGCAUAAAGACAGUAGAGAGCAUACGCGUGAUUGGUCGAGGCUCUCGACGGGGAGGAGGACCUGGAAGUCGACCAGGAGGAGCCAUGUGGUAUGAAGAGGAAGGAUACCUGGAAGCUCAGCCUCCCUCACCACAACUUGUCCCCCCUCCUCUUAACAUUGGCCCAGGGGGCACAGAGGACAUGACCCCCUCUAUGCCUCCUCCUCCCCCACAUCUCCUACUCCCCCCACAUCUUCACCCCCCUCCGCCCCUUCCUCAUCUUCCUCAAACUCAGUAUCAGUUGCCUUACCACACAGAGAACAUCCAGACUCCUCCUCCAUCACACCUCCACCAAGUUCCUCCUCCUACAUCUCCCUUCUUCAGCACACCUCCAGCAAUCCCUAGACCCCCUCCACCCCCAAUACCACAGCGCCAUUCCCCUCCACCUACUCACCCUGCUGUACCCACUGCAGUCAUGGUAGGAGGGGUGAUGGUCCCUGCUGACCGGCCUCUGCCACUUCCUCACUCAGUCAGACCUGAAGCUGCAGAGAGAGGUGGAGUAGGGCCAAGAGGAGGCAAAGUGGCCCCCCCACCCCUCAUGUCAUCGUUGCUAGGCGAGCCCCCUAAGCUUCCCCGCCCCGGCACAGUAAAAGAGCCCUUUGUUCUCUGCCAUGCACCCCCCCUCCACCGUCCAGGUACCCCUGGUGUUCCUCCACCUUUAUUGGGUAGAGUGAAGGAGCCUCUGAAUCUACCUCUUCCAUCCCCGUCUCCCUCUCCCACAUCAUCUGCAACCUCACCCUCCACACCUAAUUCCCCUGCAGUUGACACUGCUCCUUCGCGCUCACUUACCCAGUCCGCUGCCCUUCCUCUCCAGAAACCUUCUGCUAGUCCUCCAGGGCAGCCCCGCAACCAAAACCCUAACCCUGUUCCCCUCCUCACCUUGCCUACUCCUCGGCCUCCAAUCCUCUCCGUUCCCAUCUCACAGAGGUCCCUGCUGCGAGGCCGAAACCCUCAGCAGCAUAAUCAAGAUCUACCCAUAGGGGGGUUUCGUGGGGGAAAGCGCCCUGGGCCUCCAUUCACAGGUGGUCCCUUGCAUGCACAGAAGAGGCCUUUCCUACCCCCACGCUACUGAAGUGGUCAUCUGCGACAAGCUGAAUGAGAAGUGCAAGCCACACAUCUAGCAGUGCAGUGUGUGUGUUAGCCCUGCUGGUAUGAGCCCAGAUAUCUUUACUCUGUUAAUUAGCUUGAAUUAAAACUACCUUAGGUUGUGUGUAAAUAGCUGAUUUAAAUUGUCUUGCUUCAGCCAGGUAGCCAGUCAUCUAACACUGCACAGUAAAGCUAAGAGGUUAUCAGUUUCAUAGUGCAGAUUGUUAUGUAACAACCAAUAAUCUUUUUUCUUUUUCCCCCACAACAAUUCUCCGUGCACAAGUUUCAUUCGCUCUGUUGCAGGAAUUGCAUACCUGUAAGAAGAAAAAAGCAAAAUAGUUCAAGAAAAAUGAAACUACAUUUCAGCCCUUUCAGACAUGCUGGUGGCUUCGUUCGUCUGUUACAGUGACGGCAUUCUGUCAUUCAGACAUGGGUCGCUUUGUUUUUAAUGUUAAUGUUCCUCAUGGCUUAGGGACAUAACCAUGAGCUACAUGGGAAUUGCCAUACUGGAUUAUUAUGUGCAUCCAUUGAAGUCUUAUCCACAGACUUGUGAAGAUUACUUAUCUUAGCCAUUGUUCCCUAAAAUAGAGGUCUUUAUAUUUAUGUCCAUGUCUGUGCUGUAGCAAGUGAUGGCUAUUCCUGCCCCUCCCUCAUAGGCUGGAAACGUAAGUUAAUCCAGUUAAAAUACGAUGUCUAUGUUAUAUAGCGCAAUUGUGAAUAUUACCACUGUACUGGAUCCCACUUAGUAAAAUUAUAGAAAAGUGACUAGAAUGCUUAUUCAGACAUGAAGCGAACAAGUUACAAGAGAUAAUUGAAAAUGAGAGCGUGUCUGAAAGGGGCUUCAGAGUUUUCCUGUGUGAUAUUUUUUUUAUUAUUAUUAUUAUUAUUUUUUUUAAUCUGAGAAGAGAGAUGCUGGAUAAAAGAAAGAUGGGUCUCAUGAUAUUGAGGAAAAACAGGGCAGUAGUUUGGCUUUUUGGGAAAUGCGUUUGUUGGCUUUUUUGUUUUGUAAUGAAGCUCAAUAUCACUCAUCUCCAGCAUGCUGUAGAUGACGCUUAACAUAAAAACUGUAAACGGUUGGAAAGCUAGAUCAGGAAAAAAAACAUCUAAUUUCUUUCACCCAUACAAAACGGACCUUUUACAGGGGAUAAUGAGCAUGCAGUGACUUCUGAGAUAAAUUUCACAGCAACAGCACAACUCUAAGAAGUCACAAUUUUUUUUCAAGAAGUCCAAGCUGUUUUGCCCGUACUUCCAGUCUUUGUACUCUGCUAAGCUCAUCUGUGUCUGCAUCAUAUUUAACAGAUGAAUAAGAAUUACUGCAUUUCCCAAAAAUGUCAAAGUAAAAAAACAAAAAUGUCGGAUUGAAUUCAUGACAGUAAUCUCUUCUUCCAUGAGAGAGAGAGAGAGAUUUGAAGUGAUUUGUGUUUCAGGUGAGAUUAAGACUUAUUUCCAAACUACCCGCUGUAAAUAAUAUUCUUCUGCUCAACCUUUUUCCACCCUUCUGUCACUCUCACUGUAUAUUUCUAAGCUUGUAAAUAUAAAGACUGAGUUGACAUAGCCCCCCCCCCUUUCUUUUUUUUCUUUCUUUUUUUUUAUUUAAAAAAAGCUAUUAUCUCUGUACAUGAGGACAGUGAUCGUUGUUCACGCACCCCGUCUUUACUGUGAUCGAGGCCUUGGAUAAGCUUUAGCCCAGAAGAUUUUCUCUCCAGUACCUAUCAUGUGUUUAUGUCCUCCUUUUGCGAAACCACCGCACAGAAGAGGAGGCUGAAGAUAAUUAUGCAUUUUUAUUUCCUAUAUAUAAAUGUCUACCUGUGCGCGCUUCACAUUAGACUGAGUCAUGAAGAUACUCAGUAGUGGAUGAUGGGAUGGGAGGGAGUAUUAGACUUUGAACCACACCCUUGCUAGGCUUCAAUAUGUACUCUUGAAUAAAAUCCAGAGUUUCAAUUCAA